CCUGGAUUGCGUUCACCUUCGAAAGAUAGAAAAGUUUCGAUAUCUGUUUCCACCAUACUUCUGUUUCAACAGGUAUGCUUCUGUAAUGCCGGCAGCUUCCAAUCUCAGAGCAAGGCCUUUACACGCCUUCAGACGGUGUCGUCACUCCACUAGCCUGACCAGUGAGAGACUCCGAUUUGCGCAAGUGAAUGCGGAGUCGGUGGUGUUGCGAGUACCAAAGGAUAGACAAAUAGCGGUCGGACCUCCUGGGCAAGCCAUGGACCAGAGCUACAGAGACCACUCCAUCAUCGACAAGUACAUGGCAUGGGUCAGCGCUCAAAUGACCGUUGCCAAUGCCAAGCGGGUGAAAAGUGGUUCCACCCGAAAACGGGUGGCUAUGAAAGCAAUCUCUAAGGCCCCAAACAAGCUUCGGGAACCGUCUGCCGAGGCGAACAGAGACCAUUCCACCGUAUAUGCCCGAUUAGCCUCCAGCUUUCAGACCACCGGCUCAGGCUACAUCGCCCCUAUUUAUUUGGAUACUGCUGUCACACCCUUCCAUAAAUUAUGCUCCGACAUCCCUGGCGAUUUACCCAACGGCAGACUUUCGUACGCGAGCCAUCCUCGUCUCAGUAUCACGAAGAUGGUCCCGAAGUACUGCGAGCUACGCGACACGUUUGAAAUCUUCGGCGAGGUGCCGAGAUUGACCACGGUGCGAAUGACAGACGGGACCCAGAUCCAUGAGUACUUUGAGAACGUGACAUACCCCGAGCAAGCCCGUUUGACGGGGUUGUUAGAAAAGUACCGACCAGCACUUCAAUCCAAGACAGGGUCGUCGACCGAUUUGCUCAGCUCUACCGCAUUGGAAAUGGCACGGACAAUAGCUAGAUUGCAAGGGUUGUUUACACGAGGGCAGGCGAGAGAAGUCAACCUCUACGGAUUCAUCGAUUCUCAAACCUGCAGGUUUGUAGAGCCGUCCCAGCACCAAGACUCCGACUCCGUGUUCAUUGGCGGGAUCAUUGACCAAUUGACACUAGAAACGAAGCGGGAGGUGAGUGUUUACGACGAAACCCCAUCGUUGUACUCGGGAUGCGAGGAAUGGAGGUACAACCUUCUGGAGUUUUUCAACCGUGCGCCCGCAAUCAUCGAAGAGUGUAAAGACGAAUACGAGCUUUGCGUCACUGAUAUAAAGACCAGACGGAACAAGUUUAUCCCUAUCGAUCCCGUGCAAGUGCAGUCGGCGGAGUACCAGGUAUACUACUACAGAAAGAUGUUGGGCUUACUAGGAGCACAAGGACAACACACGUAUGGCAUAUUGCUCAGUGCCGCUCAGAGAAAGAACCUAGACAUUGAUGAGCCGGUGGAUGACUGGACCAUGCUCGAGCUCUCUGUGAGACACCCCGAGCUUUUCCACGACCGUCAAUUACUCGAGAAAGGUGCGCCAAUCGGGUUUACUCCGUAUGACCAGCACCAGAAGAGGUCCCAGUCGUUGUCUGUGGGUAUAGAUUGGUCAUCACUGGAGAUGGAGAAAUUUUCCACGGAGUUUGCAAAGCUCUCGAACAGCGCGGCGUAUAGCGUGGAUAUUUUGCAGCCAUGGCGCUAUCGCUUCACGCUCCGCCACUUGGCUGCCCGGUUAGCCCAAAUGUACGGCUUGCUCCCACCCUUUCUCCCCCCCGAGAGCAAGUGCAAUGUGGAAUAUUACGUAGGAAAGAGCUUGUUUAAAGCUAAACACUAUCAAUACGACGAAGGGGCCUUGGGGGUGCAAAUGCAUGACGCUGUUGAUUUUUGGUACGGCCGCAGACAGCCACGGGGAGUGGAAUUGGCCCGUGUGGGUGUGUGUAAGUCGUGUGAGUUUAAGAAUGUUUGCGAGAGUAAUCGGGUGCUAGAGGAGAAGAAGGCACAAACCGCAGACGUCAGUGUGUGAGGUAUUAUUGGGAUGUAAAUGGAUAAUUGCUUAUUAUUUACUGCGGUCGCACGCCUAUUUUAUUUUUAGUGCGUACUUUGAUCAAUGAGGCAAUAAUGUGGGAAGAGUGCUCGAGAUAAGUUUCGACAUACAGGUUUGUGGGGGCUUCCACGAUUCAGAGUCAGGGGAGUUGGUUUGAAUUACACGGGGGAUCUAGUUGUUUCUAGGACACUAUUUCAUUAUGUAGCACAACCUGUCCCUACUCUCUCUGUUAUUUGUAACUAACGGAUGAACUCAAGCAACCAUUAAUAAACAAUAUGCCUCUUGUGGUUUACGAACCGUUGAUAUUUUACACUUUCCCAUAUUAUUCCUGGUAUUAUUCUUUGCACUCUUUCCUGCAUUAUUUCUUAUAUCAU